UGAACAUCGAGUUUGCGGCAGUUCUGUAGUAUGCGCUAUGUUUGCAUAAUGACUGGAGAAACACAGUUGUUUCUUAGUUCUUCAGCACGAUACGAUUGGCAACCGAGUGCUGAAUUUGACUCAUAACCUAUAACUUCUCGUCCCGAAAGUAGGAGUUACUUCAUCAAAAUCAUUGGCAUUUGUAAGCGGGUUUUACUAUUUUACACCUGACUAAAUCGGUUUAUAACACUUCACUUUCAAAUCCUAUUUCUUUGUGACUAAUCACAGGCAAUCUUUCACUAGCUUCAGUGUAAUGACGUUUAUUCACGUAUAGUAAACACUUCAUAUUACUUUUUUAGUCUCGGUCAAAUUUAAGAAUAUUAACAUCUUUGUGGAAUUGUACUGAAAGUAUUCAUAAAUAAACUUAAAUUCACUGAUGUCCUUCACUGUGAAAAGCAUAAUGGGCCGCUCCAAGUAAACGUCUCGCUGUUUUAGCUGUAGUAAAAGUUCUCAGACGCUUUCUGUGCAAACAGUUAAACCAGAAAUAUUUUCAUCUCUACCGUAUCUGUUCUAAAAACUACAACUCUACAUUAAAAACGGUGUCGGAGGUGAACUCAAAUAAGGCUGGUAGAUUCAGUGGGACUGCUGCUGUCUUCCUAAACAUUUAGAUCCUUGUUUCUUAAUCCCCUUUCAUGCCAAGAAAUGGCCACUUCCUCUUAAAGGGAAGUAUGUACGGCCAUGCAGAUAGAAUAUAAUCAGCUCCGAAAAGUAGCAGAUAACCGAGAUCCAUCUCACUUGGAGUAAUCUCGGUAUCAAAAAUAAAACUCAUAUAAGCAUCAAACUGGACAAACCUUGGGUCGCAAAUUUUUCAUGGUAUCUCUGGACAGGAAACAGUACGUUGGCUUCCAAGGUGCUCAUGAUAUAAACCGAUGAAGAUAUCUCUAUUAAUGACAGGAGUUCGGAGAGUUGCGAUAACUGGUUUGGGGGUCUGUACACCUUUGGGUUUCAGUGUAUCCGAAUUAUGGGCGAAUCUUUUGCAGGGAUCUUGUGGAAUAUCAAAGACGCUUGAUGAAUUUUCUUUUCUGCCCAGUCAUGUUUUUGGGAGCAUCGAUGAUCGAAAAUUGGAAGAACAAAAGUCUCUUGUGGAGUCUGAGGUCUAUAAGUCAUGUGUUUUGGAUAUUUCUAAUGACUGGAGAUCUGUAUCACGUGCUAGUGCUCUGGGUAUUAUUGCAACUUGUGAAGCUUUCAAACAAGUGAAGUGGAAAGCAAACUCAGGUUACCGAGCAGGUGUUUGUUUUGGAGUGGGGUUGGAUGGUCCAAAUGAAGUUAUGAAUACAUCAUCAGGAAUUUUAUCCAAAAAAUACUCUACUAUUGGGCCUCAUGCUCUAACAAGAAUACUCGGUAAUAUGCCAGCUGGUAUAAUAAGUCGAAUUUGGGGACUACGAGGACCGUGUAUGACAGUCAAUACUGCAUGCGCUUCUGGCCUACAUUGCAUUGGCGAAGGCUUUCGGAUGAUUCAAAAUAACGAAGCUGAUCUGGUUGUUACUGGUGCAUGUGAAUCUCCUUUGAAUGCCUGGAUAAUCGCUGCUUUUUGUCGACUACGUGCAUUGUGUACACAGUUUAAUGAUACUCCUGAAAAAGCCUCUCGUCCAUUUGAUUCCUUGAGAAAAGGAUUUGUGUUAUCUGAAGGUGCAGCUACAGUUGUAUUACAGGCAUGGCCUCCUCCAGACAGUUUCUUAGUGGAGUCAUUUAUAGAAACACCAAAACCGAUAGCUGAAGUUAUUGGUUUUGGAAGGUCUGGAGAUGCACAUCAUUUGGUUGCACCUGAUGCAACAGGAAAUGGGGCACUUCGAAGUAUGUUAAAUGCCUUCAAGGACUCAAAACUUGAACAUUUCAGUCAAAUUGGACACAUAAAUUGUCAUGCAACAUCCACCCCUGUAGGUGAUUUAACAGAGCUCAGUGCUAUUGCACAAAUUUUUGGUGAAUAUUUUACUCCUCAAUACCAUACACCUGUUGUAAUCAAUUCAAUCAAAGGUCACCUUGGUCAUUGUUUGGCAGCAGCCGGUGCCAUAGAGACCGUGUACUCUGCUUUGUCUGUUAACCAGAACCGUAUUUGUGGAAAUCUCAAUCUGCAUAAUCCUAUCUCAAUUUAUGAGUUGAUGGAGGUUUUAAAAUCUAAUUCCAGUUCAUCGACUAAUAUAUCUUUUAAUGAAAAGUGUAUAGAUCUGUUUAAGAACUAUGCUGUACUUCCUAGACACGAUGAAAUACAAGUCGCAUGGCCCGAUAGUCAUCGACGUAUUGUUAUGACUAACUCAUUUGGAUUCGGUGGAACAAAUGGAACUCUUUUAAUUUCAGAAUGGACAGAUUAGUAUAAUAUGUAUUUUAUUGUAUUUUAUAGAUUUUAUCCAAUAAUUUAUAUUUAAUGAUUAAGUCUUUUUAGUGUUUGACAGCGGGGUUAAUGUUUGUUUGCAAAUAUUUAAUUAGUGAAUCCAGAUAUUUCUGAGUGUUAUUUGGUGUGCUUACCAGAUAAACUCGGAAUUAAGAAACUAAUUAAGACAGUCAUUCAAAUUUUUUUAACUGCUUUACUUAGAUGUAUGCCCGACCGUUGCUGCUACCUUG